AUGAGCGACGUUGUGGUGGAACCUGAGGUUGAGGUGGAGGUCUUGCUGGCUGGCGUGUCGGCGCAGCUGCGAGAGGCCAUGCACGCUAACCUGGCCAAGUUCCGAUCGCUUGUGGCGCAGGAAAGGACGUCGCCCCCGUUCUUUGACCUCGUUGUGCUGACGGCUUGCGAUGAAGAGCAGGCUGCGUCUUAUCGUGCUGUGCUUGAGGAACGCCUGCGACGCCGCACCAUCCCCAACACCAGAUAUGCCGUGUAUGCGGAUCCAGCUGGUCCCAAGAUUGGCAAUGGCGGCGCUACCAUGGCCGCACUGCAGAAAGUGCAAAUGGAGUUUGGCAAGCACGCGGCCUUUGCAUCGUGGAAGAUCCUGCUGCUGCACGCUGGCGGAUACAGCAAGCGGCUGCCACACGUGAGCGUGAUUGGCAAGAUCUUCACCUCGCUGCCUCUCGGCGACCCGCUUUACACCGCGCUGGAGGUGAAGCUUGCCUCGUACGUCGACUUUCCAGCACGCAUGAACCCCGGAGUCUUUGUUGCCGCUGCAGACUCGAUUGAGAUGAUCGUUGCAGAUGAGAACCUCUCCUUUACCCGCCCAGGAUUCACAGCGCUUGGCCAUCCAUCCUCCCUCUCUAUCGGCACAACACACGGCGUGUUUGUCCUAUCAGACGAUGACAGAGAACAGGCGCGAUCAUCUCGCCUCUUUUCCGCUCCACAACAACAACAACAACAACAACAACAACAACAACAACAACAACAACAACAACAACAACAACAACAACAACAACAACAACAACAACAACAACAACAGGGGGCUGAAGAGGAUGCAGCCCCAGAAUCCACGCGUGCGCCACUGUGCCAGCUUGCCACGUGCUCGCGCUUCCUCCACAAACCAUCGGUGGAUCGAAUGCGCAGCACAGGCGCCGUGAUUCCGGGAACGAACAUGGUGUACACGGACAGCGCCUUUUACUUUGACACGACCACUGCAAAGGCGCUUCUCUCCUUCUACGAGUGUACGCCCGUGCAAGUACCUGACCGGACCCUGCUGCACACCGCGGCUCUCGAUGAUGGCACCUUCGUCACGCUCUUCCUUGGUGUGGAUGAGAGUUUCAAGGAUGGUGCAGUGAGGGAAGAGGCCGGGCAGUCGCUUCGCGUCUGUGGCGUUCCCCUCGCCACUGCACUCGAGCGCAUGGGGCUCACCCUGGCUGACAUCUGGCCCACCGCACAACAGGGAGAGAAAGUGACCCUGUGGACGGCCAAAUUCUUUGUUGCAGCACAGACGGUUGGGGAAUCCGCUGAAGCAGCACUGCGUGCCAUUGCCGUCAUCCGAGGCACUGAACCCAGCGCAAGCACAGAAGGUGUGUUCCAAGCGCGCAUGUGCGUGCCGGAUGUCUUGCAUCACAAGGCCAUUCAAGCAUGCCUCGCGCUGUUUGCCAACGCUUUCCACCAACGUGACAACCCAUGA